AUGGGGACGUCGUGGGCGAGGCCUGUAGCCGCAAGCACUACUUCUGAACACACUAAGUCGAGUGGCCCAGCAGAAACAAGUCCCACUGAGACCUCCUCCACUGCCAAGUCCGGGGAUGCUGCUCGGCCUGCCCAGGCUGACAGUGGGGAGGAACAAGAUCUGGAAGGAGAGGAAGAGAAUGGGAAUGAGAACGAGGUUUCGAUGGGUGCCAAUGAAGAGGAGGGUAUGUUACCCAAGUUGCCGUUCCUCACCCAAGCUCUCCCAGAUGUUGGGGACACUGCGCAGCAGACUGCCCCUAAACCUGGGACGAAACCUCCACGUGAACAGGUGGUGAAAUCUAACUCACCAGCCAAAGCAAAGGUCUGCAAGGCGGCACCUACGACAACCGACCUUCCUGAUGAAGCACAGACCCUCCCCAAGCUGUUGAAGGGCACCCCUGAGUCUACACCUAUUCCAGAAGAGGGGGCUAGCAAGUGGAUGUCCGAUACAGAGGAUACGGAAAUCGCCCAGUCGGCCGAUGGUCUUGACCUCAAACUGGAUGAAUCUGGCGAUCACAUCUCUGAGUACUCGUCAGAAGAUGAGAGCGCCAUCAAACGACCUCUGUCAAGCCCAAGUGAGUCAAGCCCAAGUGAGUCGGAAGACUCCAAUACAACACGACGACCCGACAAAAAGAUCAAGAAAGAGGCAGGCAAGACGGCAAAGGGGACAGGCAAAGUGUCCCCCCUUUCUGGUAACCGCGAAGUGACCUAUAAAACCAAAAGUGCCUCGUCCUCGCGGAAAAGGGGGAAGAAAGCUAAAUAUCUAGCUAU